UUGGCCUCCCAGAGUGCUAGGAUUAUAGGCGUGAGCCACCGUGCCCAGCUGAAUAUCUCUUGAUUCAUCAAAAUAUCUCUUAAUUUCAGUAGAUCUGGGAUGGGGCCUGAGAUUCUGCAUUAAGCUGAAUUGCUUAUUGCUGGUCCAUUGACCAGACUUUGAGUAGCAAGAGCCUGCUCCAGGAUAACAAUGGCCACUUGAACCUAGUCUUCCACUUUCUAAUCCAUGGCUAUACCUAAGAAAAACUCAAUUCUUUUUCAAAAAUAGAGGUCUGAUAUUGCCCAGUCUUGCUUUUUCUAUGUCACAGAAGAUUUGCGAAGCUACAGACAGAAGAUAAAAAAGUCAAGUCAGCCAUAGAGAUCAAUUCAGAGUUAAACAUGAACAAUUUGAUGUAUAUUCUUUUAGUCCUUUCUUUUUUUGCAUGUAAAAAUGUAUUUAGGUUAUAUCUGUAUUUUUUAAACCACAACGGGAUGGAUCACUUAUCAUUCUUUUGUUGCCUGAUGUAUAAAUUUGCUUUCUAUGUUUGAGGCUUUCUCUGUUUUAUAAAGUAGAAUCUGCCUUCUCUAUAUGAUAAAAAUGCCUGAUGUUCUUUUUCUUAACGUUCCUUACAACUGAGAACCGGGCACUUGGUGCAGCCAUGCAGAUGAAUCCUCUUUAGACUUUGAUUCAGGAGCUGGUGACUCAAAGCAGCAGGGAUGACGCAGAAUCUGCUCUGGCCAGGGCACAGCAGUGAUGGCAGCUACAUCCUGUUUCCAGAGGCAUCAGAGACAGCUGUUGUGAGGCAGUCUGCAGUGUCCAGCACCCAAGAAGUUGGCAGUGCAAACCAUGGGGUCACUGCUUGGCAGCUGGAGUGGUGACUUCAUGGGACCAGCUCUGCAGAAUGCUUUGGCAGACCCAGAGAUGGAUCUUGACUGCAAGGAUAGACAUGCAGCUUGUCUUUUUAAAGAAACAUUCUGUGAUGGAGGAGGGAGCCUCAAAAUUUGGAAAAGACCCUCAAUUGGCCGACUUGGUUCCUCCAGGAAUUGUCCCUCCCGAGGUGGUGACAAUAGAUCUUCUGUGGAGGGAAUUACUGGGAGAGUGUUCAGCUUCAGUAAAGGCGCCUUUCAGGAUGUUUUAGAAAAUAAUUAUGAGAGCUUACAUGUACUAAAUGUUGAAAGAAAUGGAAAUAUUAUUUAUACUUAUAAGGGUGAUAAGGGACAUAUCUUCUUUGGAUUAUAUGAUUGCAAAACCAGACAAAAUGAGCAUCUGUAUACCUUUGAGAAAGACUUGCAGGUUGUCAGUUGCUCUGUCAACAGUGAAAGAACUUUGCUUGCUGCAAGUUUGGCUCAAUCUACUAAAGAAGGAAGAAGGAAUGAGCUUCAACCAGGAUCAAAGUGCUUAACUUUGUUAGUUGAAAUCCACCCUAUUAACAAUGUGAAGGUUCUAAAAGCAGUGGAUAGCUAUAUUUGGGUACAGUUCCUCUACCCAUAUGUUGAAAGCCAUCCUCUUUCAGAGAACCAUCUGUUACUGAUUUCAGAAGAGAAAUAUAUUGAGAAAUAUCAUAUCCAAGUCACCCAAGAAGAUGGAAAUAGAGUGGUGAUUAAAAAUUCUGGCCAUCUCUCGAGAGACAGAAUAGCUGAGGAUUUUGUUUGGGCUCAGUGGGAUAUGUCAGAGCAAAGAUUGUACUACAUUGACCUAAAGAAAUCAAGGAGUAUCUUAAAAUGCAUCCAGUUUUAUGCUGAUGAGAGCUUUAAGUUAAUGUUUGAAGCACCCUUGGACAUAUCAUUAAGUGACUCAGGAUUUAAACUUGUCAACUUUGGGUGUGAUUGUCGUCAAGGCCAAGAGAAAUUAUCCAAACACCUGACUCUGUGUGUUUUUACCAACCAUACAGGAAGUUUGUGUGUCUGUUACAGCCCGAAGUGUGCUUCUGUGGAACAAAUUACAUAUUCAGUGUUUUACAUUCAUAAAGGACACAGCAAGACCUUCACUGCUGCUCUCGGGAGUGCUGGCACACACGUGACAAAAGGCAUUACUUUUCUCAACCUUGACUACUAUGUGGCUGUUUACUUACCUGGUCAUUUCUUCCAUCUGCUUAACAUUCAACAUCCAGACUUGAUCUGCCACAGUCUGUUUCAGGCAGGAAAUAAUGAAAUGAUUGAUAUGCUACCUCAUAGUCCUUUACAGUCACUGUCAGGGUGCCUGGUCCUGGAUUGUUGUUCUGGAAAGCUCUAUAGAGCACUCCUCAACCAGUCGUAUUUAUUAUGGUUCCUAUGGAACACCUGCCUAGACUGUGAGAAGAUGGCCGCCCUGCACUGUGUGCUGUCCUGUGGCCGAGGCCUACGGGUCCUGGAGGGCCAGAUUAUUCAGUGGGUUUCUGAGAACGUCUCUGCCUGCCAUUCAUUUGACCUCAUUCAGGAAUUUAUAAUUGCUUCUUCAUAUUGGAGUGUAUAUCCAGAGACAAGUAACGUGGACAAACUUUUGCCAUAUUCCUCAGUGCUCACUUGGAAUACAGACAUUCCUGGAAUAACCCUUGUGACAGAAGACAUCGAGUUGCCUCUUAUGAAGGUACACACCUUUAAGGGCUACUGGGAAAAACUGAACUCCAACCUAGAAUAUGUUAAGUACACCAAGCCACACUUGCACUACAACAACAGCGUGGUCAGGAGAGAAUGGCACAACCUGAUUUCCGAAGAGAAAACAGGAAAAAGAAGGUCCACUGCAUAUGUGAGGAAUAUUCUUGAUGAUGCAAUAAAGGUGAUUUCUAACCUAGAAGCGAGGAAUUUGGAGCCACGAUUAACGCCCCUCUUGCAGGAGGAAGACAAGCACCAGAGGCUGCUGAUGGGGCUGAUGGUGUCUGAGCUACGAGACCAUCUUUUGAGACACCUACAGGGUGUAGAAAAGAAGAAAAUUGAACAGAUGGUUCUGGACUACGUUUCAAAGCUGCUGGAUCUCAUUUGCCGCAUACUGGAAACCAUUUGGAGGAAACAUAAUCUUCAUUCCUCGGUUCUCCACUUCAAGGGGCAUGGCGGUGCUGCUGAAUUUGCCGUCUUUCACGUCAUGACCAGGAUUUUGGAAGCUACUGACAGUUUGUUUUUACCUCUGCCUCCUGGUUUUCACACCCUGCACACCAUCCUUGGGGUUCACUGCCUCCCUUUGCACAACCUGCUGCAUUACAUCGACAGUGGAUUGCUGCUUCUCACUGAAACAGCUGUCAUAAGGCUCAUGAAAGAUCUGGACAAUACAAAGAAAAAUGAAAAACUGAAAUUUAGCAUCAUUGGACGGCUUCCUCCGCUUAUUGGUCAGAAGAUCUGCAGACUUUGGGAUCAUCCUAUGAGUUCUAACAUCAUUUCCCGCAACCAUGUGACACAGCUGCUGCAAAACUAUAAGAAACAGCCUUGGAAUUCUGUGAUUGACAAGUCGUCAUUCAGAGUGGAAUUUCUACCUCUGAACUACUUCAUUGAAAUUCUGACAGAUAUAGAAUCCUCCAAUCAAGCUCUGUAUGCUGCUCAAGGGCAUGACAAUGUGGACGCGGAAUUUGUAGAGGAAGCGGCUCUGAAGCACACCACAAUGCUUCUAGGCUUAUAGAAGAGAAAAUGUCAUUGGAUCUGCUUCUAAUAUUUUAAUCUUGCUCGUUAACUUUACUCUUGUUGAGACUUCUUUAGCAAUAUUUAAAAUUGGUUACAAAAAUCUGAAUAUAUUGUUGCACCAUCUGAAUUUUAGCUGGGUAUUUGUUCAGACAGAACUAAACUGCUGUACCUCAUUCCAGUUUUGAAUCGCCAUUGCGCAGUCAGGUGUAGAGAAAUGAACAGUCCAAGGAGGCAGACAGUGGCAUAGAUGAUGCUCUUCCUAGUGGCUUGUCUUCCUAGCUCUGGCUUAAUAGGCCAAGAGCUAGUUUCUGUUGCACUGUGGCCUAUGCUUUAAAAAUGUAGGUAACAGUGGUUGGAGAGCAAAACAUAGGUAUGCAAUUGAAAUAACAUGCAACAGUUUUAUGCUUGUUAUAUAAGAACACUACUUGGAAAGAGGCUAACUUAAAAAAAAACAAACCAAAAAAAACCCAACUGAAUUUGGACUAAAUCAAAUCUGCCAUCUCCAGUACAGAAUAAUUUGUAACAUACAGUAAUUUGUGCUUAGUAUUUAGAGUGGGGUUUGUGUUCUGUGAUAGUUCAGAUUAAUCUGUAUUUAAUUUUUUAUAUUUAUAAGUUUGAUUUAGUAAAAUCUUGUCAUUAAAAAGAACUCUGAAAGUUUUA